AAUCGACCAAUCAUUCGCAUGUAGUGGAAUAGAUCGCUUGAAGUAAAAAACCCUUGUAAAAACAUUUUUUCUUAAAUUUGUUGUCAAUUUAUGAUUUGUCGAGGAGAAUAGUUUAAAAAUCCUGUUGCCCGAGUGAAUGGGAUUUGUGAAAUUUUUGACUCGAAAACAUUGUUUGUCACCAGGACUCCGAGAUUGUUUGUGAAGCGCUGCCAUCCAGUUUAGUGGGGAUAACCUGCAACUUUAGGCAGCGAACAGCAGUUGAGAUAAAGUUGACCCGAUUUCUACAUUUUUGUUUUUGUGUUCUACCGCCUCUGAAGAAAACACAUAGAAAAUGAACAACAAGGCUGACGUCAACAGACGGGUUUUGGCUAUCCAAGCCAAAAAGAAACGGCACAAGCCAAAUAAGAAACGUGGAAAAGCAAACGGCAAUGCUGGCGGCGGCGGUGGUGGUGGUGGUCAACAGCAUAUGUCUCAAAAUGAGGGAAACGAUGCGACGCCUUCACCGUCCGAUGCUGUCAUCGCUAACCACCUCCAGGAUGAUAAUAGUGAGUUGAAGUCUCCGGGUUCCAUGCCAGAUGUUUGCGGCAUUUCUUCAAAAAUCUCAAAAUCAUUUUGCGCUGCACCCUCAUCGAGUGGUUCGAAUUCUUUGGCCGGCAAUACGCCAAUAACAGGAUCGUCCAAUACUUUAGACGAAUCCGUAACAUAUAUCGGCGGCACAAAUACAUCAGCUAAGAAAUGUUCAACCUACAUACAAUCUUCAGGAGUCUCCAAUGAUGAAUAUUUGCCACAGGAAAAUUAUUUGGAGCAUUUAAAUCAUGAUGACUACUUGCACUAUCAUCAACAGCAGCAUUAUGUCGAUCCAAUUUAUCAUGCCGAAUAUGUGAAAAAACAACAAAUAAUACAGCAACAGCAAGAACAACAACAACAACUUUAUCAAUAUCCACCACGUAGUUCUUCCAAUGAUUCUGAGGAAUCAGAAUUGAAUAGUGAAAAUGAGGAACAAGAACUAAAAGAAGACUAUUGCAAGGGAGGCUAUCAUCCAGUGAAUAUAGGAGAUCUAUUCCAAGGUCGCUACCAUGUUGUCCGAAAAUUGGGUUGGGGCCAUUUUUCCACUGUGUGGCUUUGCUGGGAUUUGCAAGAGAAACGUUAUGUGGCCAUUAAAAUCGUUAAAUCAGCUCAACAUUUUGCCGAAACUGCACGAGAUGAAAUAAAAAUACUCAAAUCUGUACGUGAUUCAGAUCCCAACAAUCCACGACGCCAGAAGACCGUCCAACUGCUGGAUGAUUUUAAGAUAACUGGUGUAAAUGGAACACAUAUAUGCAUGGUGUUCGAAGUACUUGGCGACAAUCUUUUAAAACUUAUACGCAAGUCGAACUACCGUGGCAUACCCAUUGAAAAUGUGAAAACCAUAACGCGACAAGUGCUCGAGGGUUUGGAUUAUUUACACACAUGCUGUAAAAUUAUCCACACCGACAUAAAACCGGAAAAUGUGCUGUUGUGCGUAAAUGAAAACUAUGUACGAAAAUUGGCCAACGAAGCCACAGAGUUAUAUAUCAUGAAUUUUAAGAUGUAUCCAUCGUUCGUUAGCCGCGCUCCAAAGGAGUAUCGUGAACCACAGAUAACAGGCAAAAUGAGCAAGAACAAGAAAAGGAAGCUCAAGAAGAAGGCUAAAAAACGCUUAGAACUGUUCAGAAAACAAUGGGAUUAUUUAGAGCAAAGCGGAACCUCGAAUGAACAGCCACAGGAUGCCAAUGUUGUUAAAGGCGAAAAUGAAGAUGGAGUUGCUUCGCUUGCUGGAAAAUGCUUGCAGAAUGGUGAUGCCUCGGAUGUUGAUAACGAUGAGGAUGAUGAAUUGCAAGACGAUAUUGCUGAGGAGAAGGCGGCCGACGCCGACGCUGAUGACGACGACGAGCAUGCCAUGGAAGAGAAAGUAGGGCAAAUAAAACCGAAGCCUUCUCAAUCGAAUAAUGGCCGACAUCAACAAGACGAGGCGGAGACAACUAAUGCGGGCGCAUCUACUUCAGAAAAUAAAAAGAAGAAAAAGAAGAAGAACAAGAAAAAGUCCAAUCAGCAGCAGCAACAACAGCAGCAGCAACAGCCACAACAACAAAAUGAAAAGCCUGAAAAAACAGUUGCUGGAAAUUCAACAACAUCGUCCAGCAGUGGCAGUAAUACGCUUAAAGGUGAACAAAAUGACUCCACAAGUAGUUCAUCCGUUACAUUGAAGGGGCAAUUGUCCCAAACCGCCAAUGAAUGUGGUCAAAAACAAAAGAAACAACAGCAGGGGCAGCAGCAACAAAUAAGACCUCCAACUAAGCCUAAAAACAACAAUAACAAGACAAAUCAGAAAAACAGCAACCAGAAAAAUACCAAUCAUUCACAAACACAACAACAACAGCAGCAGCAGCAGCAACAGCAACCACAACAAUUGCAGCUACACCAGCAGCCACAUCAAUUGCAGCUACAUCAGCCAAUUGUUAGUAAUGGCCCUCCAUCGGAGUCUGAAAUACGCCAAUCUAAAAAGGACCCUGCAUUGGAGGCCUGCGAUUUUGACGUUAAGAUUGCUGAUUUGGGCAACGCUUGCUGGGUUGAUAAACAUUUUACCGAAGACAUUCAAACACGACAAUAUCGUUCAUUGGAAGUGAUAUUGGGUGCUGGUUAUGACACAUCUGCUGACAUAUGGAGUACUGCCUGCAUGGCCUUUGAGUUGGCUACCGGUGAUUAUUUGUUUGAGCCGCACUCGGGUGAUAAUUAUUCAAGGGAUGAAGAUCACAUUGCCCACAUUAUUGAAUUGCUUGGGCCCAUACCUCCUCAUAUUGUAUUCAGAGGUGCAUAUGCUACACACAGUUUCAAUCGCAAGGGUGAAUUGCGAAAUAUAACUGGUUUAAGGCCUUGGGGACUGGUUGAUGUUUUACAUGAAAAAUACGAGUGGUCGCUGGAUGAAGCCGAAGCUUUUGCUGAAUUUUUGAAGCCUAUGCUACAAUUUGAUCCCGCUAAGAGGGCCACGGCUGCUGAGUGUCUAAAACAUCCUUGGCUAAGAAGAUAAAAUACACUGUCUAGUCCCUGCAACCUUAUCCAGUUCCCCCACCACCACGAACACAACAUGCCCAUUAUCGCGUCAACAUCAGCAACAACACCAGCAAUCACCACCACCGCCCAUAAUACCACGACGAACCCAACAUCACCAACACCACCACCUCCCCCAUCAGCAACUAGCAAACAAGAAAGGCGUUUAUUACCCCGUUUAUCAUUGCCACCACCAAAUGUUGGUGAAAGCUUGCUAAUUGCGACGGCUGCAUCAUCAUCAUCGUCAAACGCAACCUAUCUACGCUCUCCAUCUUUGCCCGCCGCCAUACCUUCAGAGACAAGUCUAAUGUCCCCAACUAACAACAGAUCUCCUUCUCAGUCUUUAAUGUCAUCAAUUUGGCGCUUAUCAACAUCCAAAUCUUUAUCACCACAACCGGCAAACCCUGCAAGGACAAAUGCUGCGCAUAAUUUGUGCUGGCGCAAAACAACAACAUGGCGUCGCAUUUUCAAGAAGAAAUGAAACAAAAAUUCCGAUUUUUCCAAAAUCCGUCUUCAACGACGAUCGGUGGUAUUUCAAAUUGUCAAAUAUAUUCUCAAACUUGUUUAGGCAACUUUUUCCUUUAUUUAUUUAUAUAAACACAGUGUGUACAUUUCUUCGUGGGAGCUUUAAGAAAACUCACACCGGAAAUGAUAAUGAAAAGCAGAAGCAAAACAUUACACAACAGCUUAUAAAAAUCAUCAACUUUGUUUAGAGUAAAACUAGAAUUCCUUGACAUGCGAAGAAAACCUUUAUUAUAGAAAGAACAGAUAACAAAACUAUCAGUUAGCAAAUAAAUAUGAAAACGAGUUAAACAAAAUAAAAACUUCUUAAUAUGACAAACACUA